ACUGGUUUUACGCAAGGAAGUGCAAAGACGUACAUUGAAAGCCACUAUGAUGCAUUCAAUCGCUUAACUACCAACAGUAAGAUUCAAACUAAGACAACUCAAAUCUCUUCAGAGAUUGACAAAACACAAGAACACAAAGAAAAAGACGAUACAAAUUCACAAAGUAGUUGUGACAAAUCGGAGAACGGCUGUGAAAAUCAAAGUCGACGAUCUCAUUCACUUAUUCACAACUACUUAGACACAAACAUUCUACACCCAAAUGUGGCUUGUCUUCCCGUUAUCAUAACGACUCUUUGUCAGUUAUCCUCUUGGACUGAUGGGGUGGCCUUCCAAGGUAAUCCGACUAUGGGUGACGUGUUUAUUAGAUUGGUGAAAUGUUUGUUGGAGAGAAGCAGUGAUAGAUACAAUGAUGAUACCAGAACUCAUGAGGCUUUGAACAAACACGUAGAGUUUGAUGAUGUAACAGGCCUAUCAAAAGUACAGCUUGAAAUACUGCAAAAGUUGGGAGAGGUAAUUCUGCCAAAAAUGUUGGAAAAUGAAAGCCCAGUUAAAUUCUCCAAAGCAGAUUUUGUGAAUUCGUGUGAUAACGGUCAGGCAAUCUUAGACGUGGCAAUUAAAAUUGGUCUUGUCCGUUGUGAAGUGGAUACAUAUGUUUACUUCGUCCUUGAAAUACUUCGGGACAUCUGCGCUGGUAUUGCCUUGGCUCAUACUGCUGAACAAGAUAAAAAAUGGAUGGCUAAACUUCAGCACACUGAUUUGAUGAGUGCAGCUGAAACGUUUUCAAAUGUGUAUGUGUUUGCUUGUAGGAAGAGUCAAACGGUUUGCAGUGGACUUGUGCAAAAGAUAGCAGACUGCAAAAAGAAGGAAACAACCAAUGUCAUUGUUAUGCAAACAAUGACCCAGUUGUGUCUACUUCUGAACUUUGAAGGAAAAUGCAAAGGUUCGUUGAAUGCCAAGUUUGCCGGCCUCUUUGAGGGAGGGAAAGUUCGUCUCGGAGGCGUUUCUGGUCACACGAUCAGAAUGCUGUCCUAUUUGUUCGAACAUGUAGACACACCGGUUGAAGGUGUUGCUUUGUGUGUUGAAUCGGUUGAGUUGUUGCGACUUGAGAACGAUGACUGGGGAGAGUUUCGGGAAUACUUUGAGUACUUUUUCCCAUUGAAUCUGAAAGAGGACAUCCAGGAAACUGAAGAGAUGCAAAGGUUUUCAGAAAACGGGACACUGACAAAGUUGCGUAAAAGAGUAGAGUCCAGUAACAAAGACAUGCCUCAGUUUGCCCCAGACCAGUCAGACAUCAAGGUCCUUCGGACUUCACCAAACAAGUGCAUCAAGCGAGUUAGUUCGAUGUUUGUCGUAUCUGACAAGGCUUGA